AUGCGUUCCGACACCAUCACCACCAUUGCUCUCCUCGCCGCCACUGCCACCGCCGGCGUGGUGCCCUCCAUAAAACACGACCCCAUCACCAAGCGCAGCGAAGCAGCUUGGAACACCAAAGGCAACAUUAAACUCACCUUCUCCAAGGAAACCGUCCAAGUCGGCUCCCUAACCCCCGACGCCAUCAUGGCCGCCGUCGGCCCCAUCUGCCACGAAUCCGGACAAUGUGAAACCAACCCCAUCGAACUCAGCGGCACCCUCACCAGCUCUUCCCGUGUCGACCCCAUAAAAGUCACACUGGGCCCAGACGGCUCCUACCCAACCUGGAUCCGCAACGGGCUCGUCGACCUCCUGGCGUUGGCCGCUAAGGAAGUCGCAAAGUGCGAGGAGGUCACGUAUACGAAUCGCUGCUUCGGCACUACCGCCAUGGCGUAUUGUCCGCAGAAGAAAUCAAAGGGCAUCAACUGUGAGGUCCCCAGGUUCUGGGGCAUUAAUUAUCAGGCGCUUGAUGCGCCAAAUGCGGCGCCCCCGAAUGUCGGGGUAGAUAUUGCGAUGGAGAAGGUGGAUCAGAGUAAGUUGUGCGAGGAUGUUAUGGGUGGGCUUGGGGCUGUGGCGGGUGUGGUGAAUGGGUACGCGGGGGGUGCGUUUACGCUGCUUGCUUUUGCUUGUGUUUGA